AUGACAACUCACUCUCUACUCUUCUAUGCUCUCAUUCUACUUGCUUCCACUUUCUCUCUCCAUUUUCAAGCUCACGCUGCUCCCGCAGGUCCAUUGAUUAAGCAUUUGUCUUCACUUAUCAGAUGGACAAGGUCUGCCUCCAAGAUGCCACAAUCAGAUGGGAAUGUUCUUCAAUUUGAGAAUGGUUAUGUAGUUGAGACUGUUGUGGAAGGAAAUGAGAUUGGAGUUAUCCCUCAUCGGAUCCGCGUCUCUGAAGAAGACGGUGAACUUUUUGCUGUUGAUGAAAUUAAUAGCAACAUUGUUCGAAUUACCCCGCCACUGUCUCAAUAUAGUAGGGGAAGAUUGGUAGCUGGGUCGUUUCAGGGCUACACUGAUCACGUUGAUGGAAAACCUAGUGAUGCUCGGUUUAAUCAUCCCAAAGGAAUUACUAUGGAUGAUAAAGGGAAUGUUUAUGUUGCUGAUACUCAGAAUCUUGCUAUUAGAAAGAUCGGAGAUGCUGGCGUCACAACCAUUGCUGGAGGAAAGUCCAACGUUGCUGGCUACAGGGACGGGCCUAGUGAGGAUGCUAAGUUCUCAAAUGAUUUCGAUGUGGUAUAUGUUCGGCCAACCUGUUCCUUGUUGGUCAUUGAUAGAGGGAAUGCUGCUCUUCGACAAAUUAUUCUUGACCAGGACGACUGUGAUUACCAAUCUAGUUCAAUUUCCAGCACAGAUAUCCUUACAGUUGUUGGUGCUGUUUUGGUUGGAUAUGCUACAUGCAUGCUUCAGCAGGGGUUUGGAUCCUCUUUCUUCUCAAAAACAAGACACUCGAGAGGAGAGUUUAAAGGGCAACCAAGCAACGAGAAACACAUGCCAAUCCCGGACAGUGGUAAAGAAGAUCCCGGAUGGCCAUCUUUUGGACAACUUAUUGCUGAUCUUUCUAAGCUAUCCUUUGAAGCAAUGGCUAGUACAUUCACUCAAUUCAUACCCUCGCAUUUCAAAUCUAACAGCGUGAAUAGAGGACUAACACCGCUUAAGGAUCGUCUUGUGAUGCCUGAAGACGAAGUCAAGCCUCCAUUAGUCAAUAGAAAAGCCACACAUGUUACUCAUACCGAAAAUCGGCAGAUGCCACAGGUCCAUACUCCAAGCACUGCUGAGAAAUAUUCAGAAGUAAAGCCUCCAAAGAUAAAAUCAAGCAGUUUCAAGGAUCCUUCAUUGUCAAGUAAGCACCUAUCUUCAAAACGACCCGAGUAUGCUGAGUUCUACGGAUCUAGUGAGUUUCCGUCACAUGUGAAAUCUAAAAGCCAAAAAGAAAGGACAAGGCAUCGACACCGCGAAAAGAGUGGAGAAGUUGGUUCUGCGACAAAUGGAGCUGUGUCUAAACCUGUUGAAACAAGGGGGGCUGUUGAUCGUAGCAAUUCGAAGUUUGACCAUUAUAGUAUGAGGACUAAUUAUGUUCCUGGAGAGUCAUUCCGAUUCAAUUCUCAGUAA